AAUAACACACUAUGCCCUAGCUCGCCACCCCCCCAGGCGGGACAUCUGCAUGACGUCAUAAUCCCGCGAGAAGAGAUUUGAGAAGUGUGGAUUUGAUGUCCGACUGCAGCAAAGGAGCUAGGCAUUUAUGGUGCUGCGGGACUUUAAACAGCGAUCCGGAACUGCAGGUUAUUUUAAGAAAAACCUGGACUGUUGGGUGAGUUAAGAAGCUGGGCCAUGAUUCAAAGGAUAUCUGGAGAUGCAAUGAAUCCCAAAGUUGAGUACAAACAAAUACAGUCUCAUGACGAAGCAGAAAAUCAAGUUCUCCAGCAUGAGUGUCACCAGGCGAAAGCUCACAAGUACUACCGAUGUGCAGUUGUCAUCGCCAUUAUUAUCACCCUCCUGUUCUGUGUCCUGGCUUCACAGCUUCUUCUCUUUCCACUUUUUUCCAUAACCUCUCAAACAACAACUGAGAUAGUGCUAAACAAGGACAUCCAAUGUGAUGAUCAAUGCAGGUUUGUUCUUGUAGAGAGCAUCCCUGAAGGAUUGGUGUAUGAUGCCAAUGCCACGAUAAAUCCUUCAAUUUUCCAGUCAUGGCUGAACAUUCUUACUAGUGCUAAGAGUAGUGUUGACAUUGCAUCAUUUUACUGGACUCUGACCAAUGAGGAUACACAAACUCAGGAGCCCUCAGCUCACCAGGGAGAAUUGAUCCUACAAGAGCUUCUGAAUCUAAAGCAGCGAGGAGUGUCUGUAAGAGUUGCUGUUAAUCCUCCAGAUUCCCCACUAAGAGCCAAAGACAUUUCUGCUCUAAAAGACAGUGGAGCAGAUGUACGUGUGGUAGACUUGCCAAAGCUAACAGAUGGUGUUCUGCAUACUAAAUUUUGGGUUGUUGACAGUGAACAUUUUUACAUUGGUAGUGCUAAUAUGGAUUGGAGAUCUUUAACACAGGUGAAAGAACUUGGUGCAACCAUAUAUAAUUGCAGCUGCCUAGCCGAAGAUUUGAAGAAAAUCUUUGAAGCGUAUUGGAUCCUUGGGUUACCCAAUGCUACUUUGCCCUCCCCAUGGCCGGUUAAUUAUUCAACACCAUACAACAAGGAUACACCAAUGCAAGUGAUGCUAAACAGCACAGCAUCUCAGGUUUAUAUUUCGAGCUCACCACCCCCACUCUCAGCAACUGGGAGGACCGAUGAUCUCCAGUCCAUUAUUAACAUUAUAGAUGAUGCCAAAAAAUUUGUAUAUAUUUCUGUCAUGGACUACUCUCCCACCGAGGAAUUCUCCCAUCCAAGGAGAUACUGGCCUUAUAUUGACAACCAUUUGAGGAAAGCCGUCUAUGAAAGAAAUGUAAAUGUCCGCUUGCUGAUCAGCUGCUGGCAAAAUUCCAGACCUUCCAUGUUCACAUUCCUUAGAUCCCUGGCUGCAUUGCACAGUAACAAAAGCCAUUACAACAUUGAAGUGAAAAUAUUUGUGGUCCCUGCAACUGAGGUACAAAAGAAGAUUCCAUAUGCCAGAGUGAAUCACAAUAAGUACAUGGUGACAGACAGAGUGGCAUAUAUUGGUACAUCUAACUGGUCUGGGGACUAUUUCAUACACACUGCUGGCUCAGCAUUGAUAGUGAACCAGACACAGUCUGUUGGCACUUCAGACACUAUCCAGAUGCAAUUACAAGCAGUGUUUGAAAGAGACUGGAAUUCAAAUUACAGCCGGACUUUUAACACUUUAAGUUCAUGGAAGGAAAAAUGUAUCUUUUAGAUCUUUUUGAUCUAGUGUGAACAGUGUAUAUAGCAAGAAGGGGUAACCUAUGCAAUUUUCUGGGGGGAAAGGAUGCGUGGUAAAGGUUUUGAAAAUACUACUUGAGGGGAUUACAGGGUUAUAGUAUUAUAUUCCUUUCCAAUACUGAAAAGUGGUGAAAGAACUUUUCAGUGGUGCAAAAUGUUUAUCAAAGCAGAAGGCUAGUAAUAGCUUGUUACAGCCCCAAAAAUGUGUUCAGAGAAUCUUUAGAAUAUGGCUCAUGUAUGUACAAACUGUUCAGACUUAUACUGCACUGCACUUUACAUUUAUAUAUGGACUCAAGGCAGCUUUUCUAAGGGCAGGUCCCUUUUAUUUGACUACUGGGAAAAGAUCAAUGCUAUGUUCUUUGCCCUAUGGUUCUAUUUGCUUCAGGAAUCACUAAGCCAGUCAGUGCUCAACAAACUGGAGUUAAAGCUAAAACUUGAAAACUGAGUAGCUGCACAAUGUAAAACUCCUAACUUUAACAGAAAUUAUUAUGCAUUUUAACAGAAAUUAUUAUGCAUUUCUAAACAAAUUUGUCUCAUCUUUUCUUAGCUCACCCUUUAAACUUUGUGCUUCUUUCUACAUCACAUGUAUGGACGAUGCUGUGACUGCCAGAUCAGUUCCAUUAAAUUUACCUGUAUGUGAUCAAUCCUUACACUUGAUUCUAAGCAAUGCCAUGCUUCUUCUGCUGUGAGUUUUGUUUUAUAACCUGUAACUGGUUGGGAAACUGUAUAUAAACUUUAAUAAAGCUUAAUAAAACACCAAAACACA